AUGGCCGAAGGGGCCCUUCAGACGAGCAACAAUUCGAAGCAUUCGAAAUUGGGUAAUUCGCAUUCCACCCCUUCAUUCCCCAUGUCACAUGGGCCAGGAAAAAUUGGGGUUCUAACAAUACAUAGCCACAUGGUAUUUCUCGUCUUGGACCACACCCAGCCGAACCCCCUCUUUCGAGCCCCCAUUGGCCCCUCGCCUAAGAAAAUCUUGGAUAUCGGAACCGGUCAAGGAAGUUGGGCAAUUGAUGUUGCCGAUUACUUCCCCAACGCUACCGUCCACGGUGUAGACAUUUUUCCCCCACCCGCAUUAUGGAUGCCCCCAAACUGCGUUUUCGAGGUGGACGAUGUCCUUCGCGAGUGGACAUGGAGAGAAUCAUUUGACUUCAUCCACAUGCGCUUGAUGUACGGCGCAUUCACAGAUGAGGGAUGGGAACAAGUGUACAAACAAGCAUAUGAUGCCCUCGAGCCUGGUGGCUGGAUCGAACAGAUGGAACUAGACGUGCGAGUCUAUAGCGAUGAUGGUUCAUUGAAGCCCGAGCACAUGCUACAUGGAUGGGGAAAUAUAUUCGUUGGAUGCUCCGAACGAGCCGGAAGAUCACUCCGGACGCACGAAAAGAUGCGCAGUGCGAUUGAGAAAGCUGGUUUCGUGGACGUCCACGAGGAAAACUACAAGAUUCCCUUGGGACCCUGGCCCAAGGACAAACAACUGAAGGAAGCAGGACACUUGCAGUAUGCUCACUGGAACGCAGCCCUCGAGGGCUGGGCCAUGUGGCUUCUCACUCAUUAUGGAGCGCCAGAGCCCUGGACCAAGGAGGAGGUGCAGGUCUACUUGGCUAAAGUCCGCACAGAGCUGAAGGACCCCCAUAUCCACGCAUAUGAGCCCGCGACCCGCGUGUGGGCAAGAAAGCCCACAGCAGAGGAAGCGAACGCGAACCGGACAACCAUCAAAUUGGAACCGUCACCCUGA